GAAAGAAACCUCCGCAACCAGCACAGAACGCACUAUGAGAUCAUGAGAGAGAAACAGAGACUCCAGGACCAGCUGGCAGAGAACGCCAAACAGAGCAGUGAGAAACACAGCAAGUUUGUCUCUGACACCAUGCACAAGUUAAAACAGCGUCAAGAAGAGGAGAACAAGCGAUACCAGGAAAACAUGACCAAGAAAAUGGACAUGCUGCUUAAACUGAAGAGUGACAUACAAGCAAACCGGGACAAUCUAAAGGCGUUGAGGGCCCGAGACAAGGCGGCCGAGAGACGUGAAGAGGAGAAGCUGGAACAGGUGCGGCAGAAGAUCCUGGAGGAGGGAGGCAACCCUGACCAGAUACUCCUCAUUCAGAAACGCAUCAGCGAUGUACAGAGACAGAAGAGCAACUUUGAGUCUGAGCAGCGUGAGAAGCAGGCAGCCCUCAUGGAGAAGAUACUGAUAGAGGAGGAAAGGAUGAAACGACGCAAACAGCAGCAGCCCCUCCUUUGGGCGGACCCAAACAGGGAAAAAACUAAGAUGAUUGGUCCACAAAAGAAGAAGCCCCUGAAGACGUUCCAGGAGUAUACAAGACUGACUGGAGAGGGCACUGAUCUCUCCAUUGACCUGCACGACUCCAUGGAUGAUCAGGAGAAGUAUGAUGGUGAGAAGAUGCAAGGAGAAGAUAGGGGCGAUAUCACACUUCCUGAGCAGCCUGUGAGAGAUGAACAGAGCUCUGAUUCCAGCGAUGGGGAUGACAAUGAUGAGAAUGCAGUGGACCUGGCGAAGCCCGAGUUUGAAGGCCUCUGGGACCACCACAAACCCUACACCAUGCCCAAAGACCUGGAUGCUUCAACCCCUCAAACUGCCCGGAGCCUCUAA